AUGAAGGACGGCAACAGAUGGAGCUCGAGGCACCUGCUGCGGACUAUGCAGCACCCCAACAUCGUUGCGUACCGGGACUCCUUCAUCGACCGAUCCGGACACCUCUGCAUCCUCAUGGAGUAUUGCGAGCACGGUGACAUCUUCACCUACUUGCAGGACCUGCGCCGCACGCAGAUGCCGCAUGAGGGCCAACUCUUGGAGUGGUUCACGCAGAUUGUCUGGGCAUUGCAGUCUCUUCACCAGCAGAAGAUCCUGCAUCGGGACCUGAAGACGCAGAACAUCUUCCUGGCUGGGCACAGGCAGCAGAACACGCUGGCGGCCAAGCUCGGGGACUUCGGCAUCGCCAAGGCGCGGAGCUCAGAACGCAUUUGGCCGGCGAUGUGUGCUGACCUCUACUGCUGA